GGCCCCGCGCGGGACUUGGCGGCGACCGCGGGCGGGAGGUCCCGACCCGCCGGGAACCGGCACCGAGAGCCGGGAACCCGACACUGAGAGCCGGGAACUGCAACCGGGAAUCGGCAUCGGGAACCGGACACUGGGCACCGGGCACUGGGCACCGAGAAUCGGACACCGGGAACCGGGUACCGGACACCGGACACUGGACACUGAGAACCGGUGAACCGAGCGGGAACCGGGAACCGAACAUCAGACCCCGGGACUGGCACUGGGCGUCGAAGACCGAACACCGGACAUCAUUACCGGGCACCGGCAUCGGAGACCGGGCACUGGUAGCCCCUGCGGGGCCCUCCGGGCAGGGAGAGGCGCCGGGGGAAGCGGGACCCUCGCCUGGCCCCGCCCCGUCCCGCCCCGUCCCGUCCCGCCGGGGGCACCGGAGAAGCCCCGGUCCCGGUCCCGGCGCCGCUCUCCCCGAGGCAGGCUGCAGAGAUGGACACCUUCAGCACCAAGAACUUGGCCCUGCAGGCCCAGAAGAAGCUCCUGAGCAAAAUGGCCACCAAGACCAUCGCCAACGCCUUCAUCGACGACACCAGCAGCGAGAUCCUGGACGAGCUGUACCGGGCCACCAAGGAGUACACCCGCAACCGCAAGGAGGCCCAGAAGAUCAUCAAGAACCUCAUCAAGAUCGUGAUGAAGCUGGGCGUCCUCUACCGCAACGGGCAGUUCAGCCCCGAGGAGCUGCUGGUCAUGGAGCGCUUCCGCAAGAAGGUUCACACCUUGGCCAUGACGGCCGUCAGCUUCCACCAGAUAGACUUCACCUUCGACCGCAGGGUCAUGUCCAGCGUGCUGACCGAGUGCCGGGACCUGCUGCACCAGGCGGUCAACGGGCACCUGACGGCCAAGUCGCACUCGCGCAUCAACCACGUCUUCAACCACUUUGCGGACUACGAGUUCCUGUCGGCGCUGUACGGCCCGGCCGAGCCCUACCGCACCCACCUGCAGAGGAUCUGCGAGGGGGUCAACAAGAUGCUGGAGGAGGAGAGCAUCUGAGCUGGGCUGCUCCUGGCAGCCGGACUCUGCCUCCCGCGAGGCCGAAGAUGCGAUGUCUGCUUUGGCCUUCGCCGGGCUCGCCGUCCCCUCCUCCUCCUCCUCCUCCUCCUCUGCAGUGCUCACUUGUGUUCUCCUCGUUUCUCCAAGAGAUUGAACCUCUUGACUUUGUGUCCCCCCUGCCCAGGGUCUGCAAACCCCUCCCUGCGCUGGGCUGAGCCCUCUCCCGGCCAUCCUGGGAUUUUGGGCCCCUGCUGUACAGUUGGAUUUCCUUUGCCCACCAAGUGCCUUUAGCUCAGAGUCCAAGGGUUUGGACUCUUUGCCUUGAACUCUGUUCCCUCUGAGGGGAAACUGAACCAAAGACUCGCGGUGUGAAGCACCUCUGAGGUGUCUCUGAGCAGGUGGGAUGGUGUUGGGGGGAUCUGUUCUGAGACCCCAUAACUGGAGGGCUGUGGAACGCCGUGGUUUCUUCCAGCAGCCCCACAACGUGGUGGGAGCAAAUCAUGGUCCAGACUUGUGCUGGCUGCCUCAGGCAGGAAGGUGCCUCUGCCUGGGCUUAGGUGUCCUCAGAGACAAAUCCCUGAGGCCAGGAGGAUCCCUCCUCACCUGGGGGAGGGCUGGGAGGGAGCUGCUCCAUCCCUGGAACCACCCAGCACCCACCUGCCCACCAGCCUGCAGUGGUGGUGCCACCUGGCAGCUCCAACGCUGUCCUUGGUGGUCAUCCAAAGCCCCCCUGGACUUUCAUCCCUUUUCCACACCUGUGACUGAGUGAUGUUCGUUUUUAGCAAACUCUGUAGCCCUGAUGAGUUAUUGAAAUAAACUCACUGUGUGG